AUGGGGACCUGCCACGCGCGCGUGCAACAGAUGCCGUAUGACCCUGCCCUCGACAAGCCCGUCAUUGACCGGAUCCAUGCGCAGCUGCGGCAGGCGGACGCCUACCAUCGCCCUGAACAGCAGCCUGCAAAGCUUUGUGACUGGGGCCUCUACCUGGGUGGCAUGCAGGAUGUCACGGAUUGCAAGAAGAUGCAGGAGCUCGGAAUCCGGGGCAUCGCUAAUGUUGCGUCUUCAGUGUGCAUCUACACACCGCGUGGGGAGGUGCCUGCGGGGGACAUGCGGAUUCUCCACAUUGAUGCCGACGAUGAUGACUGGUACCCUUUGCUCGAGAAGCACCUGUGUGAGUUUGAGAUGUUCAUCCAGAAAGCCAAGGAAGAUGGUGUCAAGCAGCUGGCCUCAAGUGCUAUCAGAGUUGUAGGUUGA